GUGCCUCCAGCGAACCCGAAGUGAUGGAGGUGCUGCCCCAGCAUAAGUUCGACUGCAGAUCCCUGGAGGCCUACCUAAACCAGCACUUACCCGGCUUUACAGCCGCGCCCGAGGCCAAGCUGACGGUGGCCCAGUAUAGGUAUUGACGCCGACCUUCUCCAGCAAAAACAAAUCUGUGCAUCGUGCUUUUUCCCCCUUACUUUGGCCUUGGAUCAGGAUAUUCCAAUCCAACCUUUUAUCUCCAGAAGGGCUUUCAAAAAUAUGUACUCAAGAAAAAACCACCUGGUUCACUUCUUCCUAAGGCACAUAAGAUUGAUAGAGAAUUUAAAGUCCAGAAAGCUUUAUUUUCAGUUGGAUUCUCUGUUCCCAAGCCUUUGUUGUACUGCAGCAAUACUUCUGUUAUUGGAACAGAAUUUUAUGUGAUGGAACAUGUGCAGGGUCGAAUCUUUCAUGAUUUCACAGUUCCUGAAGUUAGCCCAGCAGAACGCUCAGCCAUAUAUGUGGCUAUGAUAGAAACAUUGGCUCAGUUACAUUCCUUGAAUAUACACUCAUUGCAGCUGGAAGGAUAUGGUAUAGGUGCUGGGUACUGCAAAAGACAGGUAUCAACCUGGACAAAGCAAUAUGAAGCUGCAGCUCAUCAGGACAUCCCUGCCAUGAGCCAGCUAUCUGACUGGCUAAUGAAAAACUUACCAGAUAAUGAUAAUGAAGAAAAUUUAAUUCAUGGAGAUUUCAAACUAGAUAACAUAGUUUUCCACCCUACAGAGACUCGAGUUAUUGCUGUACUGGAUUGGGAGCUUUCAACCAUUGGUCAUCCUUUGUCAGACUUAGCUCACCUCUGCCUGUUCUACUUUUGGCCGAAGACAGUUUCAUUGACAAAGCAAGGGAUACCGUCAAUGGAAGAACUAAUUUCAAUAUACUGCCGCUGCAGAGGAAUUAAUCACAGUCUUCCUAAUUGGAAUUUCUUUCUUGCUCUUUCAUGUCUUAAAGGGGCUGGAAUCGUGCAGGGAAUAUAUAGUAGAUAUCUUCUGGGAAAUAAUGUAUCUGAGAAUAGCAUUCUGUUUGCCAAUGAUGUGCAACCUCUGGCAGAAACUGGAUUGCAGCUCUCAAAAAGAACUACACUACCACAAAUUGAUACUACCCAAGGAUUGUUUGUACAGACUAGGCGAGGCCAAGAAGUUCUUACUAGGGUAAAGUAUUUUAUGAAACAGCACAUCCUUCCAGCUGAAAAGGAGGUAAUUGAGUUCUAUGUUCAAAAUGAAAAUUCAGCAGACAAGUGGAAAAAACCUUUAGUGAUUGAUAAGCUCAAGGAAAUGGCCAAAGUGGAGGGCCUCUGGAACUUGUUUUUGCCAGCUGUAAGCGGUCUCAACCAGGUGGACUAUGCCGUGAUUGCUGAAGAAACAGGAAAAUGCUUUUUUGCUCCAGAUGUCUUUAACUGCCAAGCACCAGACUCUGGGAACAUGGAGUUGCUCCACCUAUAUGGAAGUGAAAAGCAGAAGCAGCAGUGGCUUGAGCCUCUUCUUCAAGGGAGCAUUGCCUCCUGCUUCUGUAUGUCAGAGCCCAAUGUAGCGUCUAGUGAUGCCACAAAUAUUGAAUGUAGCAUCCAACGAGAUGGAGAUAGCUAUGUGAUUAACGGCAAGAAAUGGUGGAUUACUGGAGCUGGGAACCCAAAGUGCAAAAUUGCAAUUGUUUUCGGAAGAACUAAAACCAGCUUUACAGACAGAUACAAACAACACAGUGUAAUUCUUGUUCCUAUCGACACACCUGGAGUAGAAAUAAUAAGGCCUUUGUCGAUUUUUGGCUACAUGCAUCAUUUGCAUGGAGGACAGUUUGAGAUCCAUUUUAAUCAAGUGCGAGUUCCUGCCACCAAUUUAAUACUAGGUGAAGGAAGAGGAUUCGAAAUUGCCCAACGCCACCUUGGGCCUGGCAGAAUCCACCACUAUAUGAGAACAGUAGGUUUGGCAGAACGCGUUUUGCAGAUCAUGUGUGAACGGGCAACACAAAGGGUGGCCUUUCAGAAGAAACUGUAUUCACAUGAGGUUGUGGCUCACUGGAUUGCUGAAAGCCGCAUUGCCAUUGAAGAGAUCCGCUUGUUGACCUUGAAAGCUGCCCACAGCAUUGACACUCUGGGCGUUGCUGGCGCUAGGAAGGAGAUCGCAAUGAUUAAAGUGGCUAACCCCCGGGCCGUCUGCAGAAUUAUUGACCAGGCCAUCCAGGUGUGUGGAGGCGCAGGUGUUUCCCAGGAUUACCCUCUGGCUCACAUGUAUGCCCUAACGCGAGUUUUGCGCAUAGCAGAUGGGCCUGACGAAGUCCACCUCUCAAUAAUCGUAAAGCUGGAGCUUGCAGACCAAGCCAGAAGCUUGAGGGCCACACGUCUGACACCGUCUCACCUUUAGACAGACUUCAUGAGCAUUGGAGUCUCAUUCUAUUUUUGCAGCAAUUUGAGCAUCUGUUUUGAUCAGUGGGUUUUAUAAUUUCAAGGGUCACACGGGUUUAAGUUAAAUACAUUCUAUAGCUGUUGUCAUUCAGUCUAAUAUCUAAGUAUUUAUGAUUUUUUAAACACUAAACUAGUAAAGAUAAUAAAUUGGAGAGCUAAAGCAUAGUCAUAAAAAUAUUUUCACUUUUUAAUUCUCAUGAAUUGUUCCAUUUAAAUAAAUACUCAAGGAAUAUUUAAUCAUUACUUUGUAAAAAAAUAGAGUGGGAUCUCCUUUUUAACAUUGAUUUUAGGGGUUGGUUUAACACAUUGCAGUUAUGUUUUCAUUGGAGGAAGAUGCAUGACUGGGUCAUUUUAGAAUUCAAAUAUUAAGUGUCUUCAUAAUUCAACAGCAUUUAUACAAAAAUCUGAAUGCAGUUUAAAGUUUCCUAGAAAAUAUGGCAUAUUAUGAGAAAAUGUAAUUAAGAAAAAGUUUAAUAAUCUAUAUGUUCAUGAGACAGUGGAUAGUUUAAGAUACAAGAAAGUUAUUUAAUUUUGAAAAGAGAUUGAUAUUCUCAACUCAAUCACUGGAAAACUUUUAAGUAUGCUUGGCAUAACUUGGGUAUGUGAAUUGACUUUCAAAUGUAAAUUUUAUGAAAUUUAAAUACAGAGCAAGUAUUCUGAAUGAAAAUUUAAGCAUCUCAAUUAAGAAAUAAAGUAUAAAAUACACACCAAA